GCGCGGGCCCCGGGCGGCGCCGCCAGGAUGUCCCGGCCCGCGGGCCGCUCCGCCGCCAGCCACCCUCGCGGCCCCCGGCGGCCGGCGCUUGGCCGGGGAGCGCAAGAGCCGCAGCCGGAGCCGGAGGCGGGAGCAGCGAGCAGGAGCCCCGGGCGCCCGAAUGCAGGAUGCUCGCGGUCCCUGGUGUCGCGGAGCCCGUGCGUGUGAGCGCCGCUGCUCGGAGCCAAGCCCCGGCCCCGAGGAUGUCUCAGCUGGCAGCCAGCUCCCGUCUGCACCAUGAGUGAUGAGCGGCGGCUGCCUGGCAGUGCGGUGGGCUGGUUGGCAUGUGGCGGCCUUUCCCUCCUGGCCAACGCCUGGGGCAUCCUGAGCGUGGGCGCCAAGCAGAAGAAGUGGAAGCCGCUGGAGUUUCUGCUGUGCACGCUCGCGGCCACCCACAUGCUCAACGUGGCGGUGCCCAUCGCCACCUACGCCGUGGUGCAGCUGCGGCGACAGCGCCCCGACUACGAGUGGAAUGAGGGCCUCUGCAAGGUCUUUGUCUCCACCUUCUACACCCUCACCCUGGCCACCUGCUUCUCCGUCACCUCCCUCUCCUACCACCGCAUGUGGAUGGUCCGCUGGCCCGUCAACUACCGGCUGAGCAACGCCAAGAAGCAGGCGGUACACACGGUCAUGGGCAUCUGGAUGGUGUCCUUCAUCCUGUCCGCCCUGCCGGCCGUUGGCUGGCACGACACCAGUGAGCGCUUCUACACCCACGGCUGCCGCUUCAUCGUGGCCGAGAUCGGCCUCGGCUUCGGCGUCUGCUUCCUGCUGCUGGUGGGUGGCAGCGUGGCCACAGGCGUGGUCUGCACCGCCAUCGCCCUCUUCCAGACGCUGGCUGUGCAGGUGGGGCCGCGGGCCGGCCACCGCGCCUUCACGGUGCCCACCAUCGUGGUGGAGGACGCUCAGGGCAAGCGCCGCUCGUCCAUCGAUGGCUCUGAGCCGGCCAAAACCUCGCUGCAGAUCACGGGGCUGGUGGCCACCAUCGUCAUCAUCUAUGACUGCCUCAUGGGCUUCCCUGUGCUGGUGGUGAGCUUCAGCAGCCUUCGGGCGGACGCCUCAGCGCCCUGGAUGGCGCUGUGUGUGCUGUGGUGCUCGGUGGCCCAGGCCCUCCUGUUGCCCAUAUUCCUCUGGGCCUGUGACCGUUACCGCGCCGACCUCAAGGCCGUCUGGGAGAAGUGCGUGACCCUCAUGGCUAACGAUGAGGACUCAGACAAUGAUCCCAGCCUGGAGGGCGGCAUCCCCCCGGACCUGGUGCUGGAGCACUCGCUCGACUAUAGCUAUGGCGGCGACUUUGCGGCCCUGGACAGGAUGGCCAAGUAUGAGCUCUCGGCCCUGGAGGGGGGCGCACCCCAGUUCUACCCCCCGCGGCCCUUGCCGGAGAACAAGAUGCAGUACUUGCAGGUCCCGCCCACGCGACGCUUCUCCCACGACGACGCGGAGGUGUGGGCCGCCGUGCCGCUGCCCGCCUUCCUGCCGCGCUGGGGCUCGGGCGAGGACCUGGCCGCGCUGGUGCUGCCCGCCGGGCCGGAGCGCCGCCGCGGCAGCCUGCGGGCCUUCGCAGAGGACGCGCCCCCGUUCCGCCCCCGCCGCCGCUCCGCCGAGAGCCUGCUGGCGCUGCGCCCCCCAGCCCCCGACGGCGGGCCGCGCCGCGCCCGCGACUCGCCCCCCGGCAGCCCGCGCCUCCGCCCCGGGCCCGGCGCCCGCUCCGCCUCGGCCUCGCUGCUGCCCGACGCCUUCGCGCUGACCGCCUUCGAGAGCGAGCCGCAGGCCCUGCGCCGCCCGCCCGCCCCGCCGGGGCCCCGGGUCCACAGCGCACGGCCGGGUGAGGACGCGGCGCCCCCUGCCGGCGGCGGAGCGCAGCGGAACCCCGGGCCGUGCCCGGCCGCUUACGCACAUGCGGGACCCCUGAGGACCGGCCUGAGCGCGUCGUGGGGCGAGCCCGGGGGCAUCCGCGCGGCGGGCGGCGGCAGCACCAGCAGCUUCCUGAGCUCGCCCUCCGAGUCCUCGGGCUACGUCACGCUGCACUCGGACUCGCUGGGGUCUGCGUCCUAGGGCCUGCGGGCGCUUCCCCACGCGCGCCCGGCGGGCCGGGCCGCCCGCAGGGACCAAAGCACCAAAGAUGCCACGCUGACCCAGGCCGGGUUCCGGGCGGCGCCACGCGGGGCCCACGGACGGCGCCUAGCCAAGUGCCAGCCCUCCCUGCGUGACUGAGCCAUGGGCAUCGCCCUGAGGGUUGGUGGCUGCCCUGGACCGCUGCUGGCUAUGGCAUCACGGGGCAGAGCGAGGCCGGGCUUGGGUAAAGGCAGGCUCUGCACGCCCUGAUGUGCCUCGUCCAGCCUGGGGCAGCAGCAUUGGGAGGAUGGGGGUAGCAGCAAGGAGCCCGGGACGAAGGCCACCACCAGACAGAACAAAGCCCAGCCCUGCAGGAGCCAUGGGACUGACUGCACCUGGCUUUCCACUUUGCACUGUAAUUGUCUCUCCCCCGCGGGGGGCAGGGUACAGAGGGUCUCUAAGCACAGGGGUCUACAGAGCCCAAACAAGCUCUCUGAGUAGGUGUUCCUGCUGAGCAGUUCUGCCUCGGUUUCCCAUCUGUAAUGAGCAGGCGACCAUAUUAACUCACAGGACUGUUUGGAGCAGUCUUCUGGUCGGUGUGCACCGGCCCCUGCAUGGGUGUGAGAGCAUCUAGGGCCCUCUGUGGGUCCUUUGUGGGGGUCAGUCUUCAGUGUGUGGCCUGCUGUGGCCUUUGCACCUGAGGCCUCCCACUCUCAGUGCCCCUGGCCUCCCCAGGAACUCACCCCACCCACACCCCAGCUAAAGUACAACACUGCGCCAUCACCCACCUUAACCAUUGUUAGUGUCCCCGCCCUCAUCUGUCUCUCACCAAGCCAGCCUCCCAUAGGACUCCCACCGUAAAGAUCGUGGGUCCGUGCUGGGAAAGAACUGAAGCCAAGGGAGAGUGGGCUUCCUUAUCCUGAUGCCCCUGGGGAGGGGUCCUGGCUGAGAGGCCUCCCAGGUUCCCAGUUUAAGGUCUAGUUCCUGCUGAGGGCAGGGCUCUUUGCUCUCUCUCCUGGGCAGGACUUUUGCUGGCCUAGGCUUUGCCAUAGGCGUUGGGGAGGGGCUUGCUGGGUCUUCCCUGGAGAGAGACCUUAGAAUCAGGCUGAGCAGAGGCCCGGGAACAGCUGUGACCUUGAGCUGAAAGGACAGGGGCAAAUGCAGAGGUGGUCUCCUCCUAGACCUCGCCUCCACACAAUGGUCUCACACAGCACACAGGGAAACCUGGAGCAAAUCCCAGAGCCAACGCGGAGCUUGUCUGCCUUGUGCAGCCCCUCUCCAAUCCUCCCCACCUCUCCUGCCCGUUGCCAGGCCUCUUUCUUCAUCCAGCUGACAGGGUCUCAGCCCCAGAAGAGGCCUCUGGGAGGAUCAAGCCUAGGGGACCGGCUCCAUCUCUGCUUCUGAGGCCUCCCUGGCCCCUCACUGGGGGUUGGGGGGGGUGGUUAGGGGAGGGAUGAGCUAGUCACAGGAGAGCAAGGCAGGAAGCUGCGGGAUGGCCUAAACCACGGGAGGGGCUGCCUCUGGCCAGUGCUGCCGUGCCUUCAAAGACCAACAGGCCAUGUGGGGGCAGAGAUCUCAGCUGGCCACUGUGGCACCCACCCCUGCUCAGGCCUGCCCAUUUGUCAUGUUGGGUUUUUAAUCUGUGUACUUCAUAUCCGAUGGCAAUACUUGCAGGGAGACUUGGUACCCCAAAGUCCCUCCAGUUCUGGGUUUUACAGAAAUAAAAAGGAGGGAGGACCCCAAACGGAGGAACCUGGGGCCUGGAGCUCCCUCUCUCACUCCCUGAGCCUCCCGGGCCUAUUGGCUGCCUUGGUCAGCAGCUUGAACCUGGGCUCACAGGGGCAGGAGCCCUGUCUUCACACCACCACCCACCCGGAGCCAGGGAUCCGUUUGUAGUUUUUUGACAACUGAGCAUUUCUCUUCUGUACAGGAUACAAUAAAAACUUCCUAUAAUUUGCA